AUGAACGCUUCAUCCAAUGGCCACCUUCCCAUAGUCCGUUUCCUCACCACGAAGCAUCAUGCAGACCCUUUUCAGCGCAAUUCAGCAGGAGAGACGGCCUACGAUGUCGCUGCUGCUAGUUUUGAGAUCUUCAUCUGCCAAGUCCUAGAGAGCUACGAAGCAGAAAGGUGGAGUGCCUUGAGGUUCGCCUCGGCAGCCGGUGCUACUCAGCAACGCUCGUACAAUCCCCUCUACCUUCACACAACUGUGCCCGUACUCAUCUACCAAAAUGAACGCCUCGACACAAGACUAUCCGCCCUUGCUACCAAUGGAGGCAGACCUCGAUGGAGUGGAUCGGGAGCAGGACGACCACAUAAGCCAGACCGCAGAGCACCAGGCACCUUGCCGCCUGGACCUCUCUCGUCUUCACUCGCCCGCCACACACCCAUGCGUCGAGAAGACGUCGAUUUGCCUCGACGCUCGCAGCCCUACAAGCUACGUCUGCCAACCAAGAGUCAAAGUCGCGCAGCAGCGAUAGCGGCGCAGCACCGUCAACGAGCCAACGGUGAAGACUUCUCUACCACGCCGACACCAGAAUCGAUCCUCGAGCAACAACGCAGAGGGUCCGUCUCCUCAAGCGUUCGCGAACAAGACGAGCCAUCCCACUUCUGGCUCUGCGACUGGCAGCUCGACCGUACUCAUCCUCAAGCCGAUCACGUCGACGGAUGGCAAUAUGCGCAGUCGUUCGACGCCGCAGAGGACCGAUGGAGUGCACAGGUCCCGCCUCCCUUGACUAGGCUGCUGGAAGGCAAAGGACUAGGGUCCGCAGUAACCAGAGCCAUCUCGGGCGGCCACUUGCCUGGGCCAGGGCAGAGCAGCGUCUUGGGUGACUCCAAUGGCGACAGCGAAGCAACGCCGACUGGAUGGGUGAGGCGCCGGCGAUGGGUUCGGGUGAUGCGACGCAGGCUCGACAUUGACUUUGGCGAUGAGCUCGAGGCGGCUGAGCUGUCUGACCACAGCGUCGAGGCCACCCAGCUUCACGUCGACCUUUCGUCCACCACGACUCGAACCGCUCAAGAGGCUGCCCAAAUUGAAUGCGAUGAGCUGGGUGCGGACGCCGACUAUGUGGCCAAGGCAAUUGCCCUCGCUGGCGCUAAGGAAGGGGCCACGCCGGCCGAUGCCAUGGGAGAUUUGAGCCCGCAAGCCCUGCAGAGCCGCAGCGUUCGACUCGAGCUCGCCAUCAAUGAGCUGCGAGGCUCAGCAUUUGACGAUCAAGACGUGGAGCGUAGGACUCGCGCGGAGGAUUUGCUCAAAGAGUUCACCCUUCAAGUCAGCCAGCUCCGCCAGGCUGCAGGAAUGGGUGAAGGAGAUGACGCAAAUGACGAUGAAGAGGAAGAGGAUGACGACGAGGAAUUCAUCUACCCCAACUCAUUCAAGGACACGCAAUCUACUAUCACCCGCAUCGCCGGAGCCUCUCAGGCUGGCAACCUCGCCACUAACAGGCCCGCGAUCGGACCACGCGUCAACUCCUCGUACUCCGUCUUUGGCAACACGACGCCGGUAGCCCCUCCCUCGGAGGCUGGAGCGACAGCGAAAACCGCCUCAAAUCAUCGUUCAGCGGAUCUCGCUCGAGCUACCGAGUUCCGCGUACCCACCAACGAAGCUCCCGCGACGCUUCCUAUCCACCAGCACCCGACACUCCGCGAAGCAACCCUGAUUCCAAAUUGGGAGCCAGACGAGGACGCAGCGGACUGUCGCAAUUGCGGAAAACGAUUCACCUUCUUCACUCGCAAGCAUCAUUGUCGCCGCUGCGGUCGUAUCUUCUGUGCCGACUGCUCCUCGCACCGCGCUCAACUUUCGGCAGACGAGCUGGUCAUCGACCCGGGCGUGCCUGAGAUGUUCUUCGCUGAGUCGAGCAUGGGAAUAUCGAGGAUCUGCGCCGGGUGUCACGCAGAGCGGCAGCUGCCCCCUGCUUUGCGCAAUACGAGAGGCGGAGCCGAUCUAAUGCUGCGGAGUGCUGCGCAAGAGCGCGGUGGUCCUAGCACGGCAGAUGCGGCCGAGGGGUAUGGCGCCACAACGACGGCGUUCAGCAGCUCCGUAUCCUCGCGUGCGAGCGAACUGAACGAAUGUCCGGUCUGCAACGUGACGCUCGCGCAAUUUGGUUGCCAGCAAGACCAAGAAGAACACCUUCGCAUCUGUCUUGAAAAUGGCGGCGGUGGUAGCGUGCAGGGCGGGCGUUACUUGGUGUACAGGCUGCAGGAGGACUCGCCUAUCAUCUCAAAGGAGUGCGUCAUUUGCUUCGAGGAGCUACUGGCUGGCCAGGCCGUUGCAAGGCUGCCGUGCUUGUGCUUUUUCCAUGAGCCUUGUGUUGCUAGCUGGCUGGGAAGGGGGAAAAGCUGUCCUACGCAUGCGAGAUAA